AGAAAAGCAUAAAAACACCAUAAAGCAAAGCAUCAUACUAUCUUCAACAAAUAUCCAAAUUUUCCAGAGAUCGGCCAAGGAAAAUUGAUAGCUUGAAACCUUGGAAUACCAUUUUCCUCAGAUUUUAUCUCCCAAAGGUUUCGAACCUCCUUUGUCUUUUCUUUGAUUCACUCUCCAGGAAAUUGGGAUUGUAUACCUAGAAUCUUGAUGAAUCUUGAUUUGUUAAUAGAGAUUUGUUAAUAGAGUUCUAGUUCGAUCUUGUUUGAAAUGGUUUGAUCCUACCCUAUACUCCUGAUUCCCUUUUCAGUGGGACUAUUGGAAAUACCCAAUUUUCCAUUUAUCAUUUUAAUUGGAAAGAAGUGAUUUGGCCUCAAUUUAAGAGGGUAGCCUUUACUUUCAAGGGCUUCUUUUGGUGGUUGUUAGGUUCUGGUUUUAGGGUUUCUGUUUGUGUGCAAUUUAUAUGCUAUGGGAGACUGUAAACCUGUAACUCCAACAUUGGAAGGGGAAGAAGAUUUAAUUGCUGCUGCCCAGCAAAUUGUAAUAGCGUUGGAAACUAGAAGGAAUUUGACGAGUGAUGCGAGGAAAAUCUUGGCAGAUUUAGGCACCCAAUUGUCCUCCAUUACAAAACUUAAUGAAAACAAAAAGGAGGAGGAGGUUGAGGAAGAGGACGGGUUAGGUGAGAUCAAGGAGCGACUAAAUAUCGUUCGAGAUAAGGUCAUGAAUUGGGAGGUAGAUGAGUCUAUGAUUUGGGAUUGUGGCUCCGAAGAAGCUUAUGAUUAUGUUAAGGCAGUGGAUGAAGCACAAAAGUUGAUUGAAACGCUAGAGAGUUUGUGUUUGAAUAGAGAUGGCGAAGAGAGUGAGCUUCUUUGCAGGGCUCAUGAUGUUGUUCACACGGCGAUGGUGAGGCUUGAGGAAGAGUUUAGGCACAUGCUUGUUCAAAACAGGCAACCCUUUGAGCCGGAGCACGUGUCUUUUAGGUCAAGUGAAGAGGAUGUUGAAAAUGAGGGGUCAAUUAUUUCUAUUGGGGAUGAAUCGGUCGAGGACUCUGUUCCGAGGGAUAGUAUAAGCAGAAGGAGCUUGGGGGAUUUCGUAUUCGAUUUGGUCCACCCGUCUGUGAUUCCUGACCUGAAAUGCAUUGCCAAGUUGAUGUUUGCUUCGAGUUACGACCGGGAAUGCACACAGGCCUUUAUCAGUGUCCAGAAGGAUGCCUUGGACGACUGUCUCUUCAUGCUUGAAGUGGAGAAGCUGAGCAUUGAAGAUGUGCUUAAAAUGGAGUGGGGUGCUUUGAAUUCCCAAAUCAGAAGGUGGACUUGGGUGAUGAAGGUUUUUGUGCGGGUGUAUCUUGCCAGUGAAAAGAGGCUGAGUGACCAGAUUUUCGGGGGAUUUGACUCUUGUAGUUCGAUUUGUUUCGUUGAGGCAUCAAAGUCUUCCAUGCUUCAGCUGCUGAAUUUUGGCGAAGCCAUAGCCCUUGGCCCUCGCCAACCAGAGAAGUUGGUUCGUAUUCUUGGCAUGUAUGAGGUGUUGACAGACCUUAUCCCCGAUAUAGAUGCUUUAUACGCCGAUGAGAUUGAUUCUUGCGUGAGAAACGAAUGCCAAGAUCUCCUAAGGCGAUUGGGGUAUUGUGUGAAGGCAACUUUCCUUGAAUUUGAGAAUCUUGUUGCCUCAAACACAUCUACAACCCCUUUUCCCGGAGGAGGAAUUCACCAUCUCACUAGAUACGUCAUGAAUUACAUCAGGACCCUCACGGAUUACUCUGAAACCCUAAAUUUGCUUCUCAAAGACUCCGGUAAAGAAACUUCAGUUUCAUUUUCGCCUGAUUUGAAUCCAACUGUGGACGAUAAUUCAAGUAUAAGGUCAAGUUUUUGUGUUUCUCCAACGGCUCUUCACUUUCGAUCCCUCAUUUCAAUUCUACUGUGCAACCUUGAUGAUAAGUCCAAACUAUACAAGGAAGAUUCCCUUCGCCACCUUUUCUUGAUGAACAACAUCCAUUACAUGACUCAAAAGGUCAAGGAUUCUGAGCUAAGAACUAUUUUAGGGGAUGAAUGGAUUCGCAAGCACAAUUGGAAAUUCCAACAGCAAGCGAUGAAUUACGAGCGAGCCACUUGGAGUUCAAUCCUGUCAUUGUUAAGGGACGAAGGGAUACACUAUACCGGUUCGAAUUCUGUGUCGAGGACUCUUCUGAAAGAGAGGAUGCAGGUCUUUUAUGUCGCGUUUGAAGAGGUUUACAAGAUCCAAACGGCGUGGUUAAUCCCAGAUGUCCAGCUCCGGGAGGAUCUGCGAAUCUCGACAUCAGUUAAAGUGAUCCAAGCUUACAGGACAUUUGUAGGGAGACAUUGUAGCAAUCUCAGUGACAAGAGCAUCAAGUAUAGUGCUGAUGAUUUAGAGAGUUUCCUCUUGGAUUUGUUUGAGGGAUCCCCAAGAUCAUUGCACAGUUUCCACAGGAAGUGAAUGACCGUACGUCUAUAAUGUAAUAAGGCCUAAAAGAGUUCCAGUGUUUAGUGUGUUGUAUUCUUUCGCUUGCGAUAAUAUAAUUCGCAUUUGUCAAAUGAAAGAAAGUGUUUUGAGUUUUGUA